AUGAGGGCGCGGUUCACCGCCGCCAACGCACUCCUCAGAACCAAUACGACGCGUGCCAUGGACAGUGCUCUUGGGCAAUUCAACGACCUCCUGCGUCUCAGUCGAAGGGACGAGCUGGGUGUGCGAGAUAUCAUCCCCCACCUCCUGCUGCAGCUCGGCCGGGAGCAGGAGUGCUACGAUUUUCUCAAGUGGUGGGCCACCAUUGACAACAAGGAUCAUUACAACGGACAUUACGACUGGGACGAUGACACGCUACCAUUCCUAGACAUUCACGGGGCCGACCCUUUCGAGCCCAUCGACAUAUUCUGCUCAGGAACCCUCAGCCUCAGUCACCUCGUGGCCCUCACCCUUCUGAAGCUAGGCCUUUUUCUCGACAUCGAUGCAUACCACGAGUCUGAAGGGCCAGUGUUUGGGUUCGGGUAUGGGUACGACGAGCCUGAUCCCACGAUCGAUCGACCUGUGGGAAGGCUUGUACGAGCAAAAAUGCGAACCAUGGACGUACCUGACGUCCAGACAAUGGCUGACAAAUUACAAAGCCAAUACCGCAGGCUCUCUCGGAUGGUACAUGAUGCAAAUCCGUACUUCUGGGAAGCUUUGGUCGCGGAAGAGACUCCUCCCCCACCACCCUUCUGUACCCCUGGCUCUGAAGAGGAGGCGCAUCUAGUUCUCCAUCAGUGCCUACGUGCCUGGCAGGAGACCGAAGAUGCCAUCCUGAUGAUUGAUGCGGAGACCUCGAGAUUCACCAACGUAUAUCAAGGUACAACCGCUGCCGCUGCUUUGAGCAACGCGCCAUCGGAAGGCCCAAGAAAGGAUACAGAAACAUUGCAAAGAACGCGAGGGACCGGAAAGGUGUUUCCAUCGAGGUUCGAGCCUCCGGUGCAGACAUUCCCAGCUGAGCUCUUCCCCCCAACUCCUAUAAGCCGCGGUCAGAUGAUCCGGUUUGUUUGCCGCAAUGACCCAAGAAAGGUACUCACGUACGCCGACGGUGCCUGUACGAACAAUGGGCAGCUAGAACCUAGCGCAGGCUGGGCCGUAGUGUGCGGAACGCCUGGGAAUGACGACAAGAGUUGCAUUGUGUCCGGUCGACUCGAGGAUAAGGGCCCAUUUGGGGAUGACAGCGUAGCGACCAGCAACCGAGCUGAACUGCGGGCAGCCAUCGCCGUACUACGUCUCUGUGACUGGCGGGAUCAGGGUUACGACGGCAUCGUCAUUGCAACCGACUCAACCUAUUUGGUUGAUGGGGCCACCGGCUGGGCUAAAGGUUGGGUGCGAAAAGGGUGGAAGACGCGCACCGGUGGUAACGUCAAGAACAAAGAUCUGUGGGAUCUAUUACUCGGCGAGGUGGAAAGAUGGCAUCAUCAGGGACUGCGUGUUGAUCUUUGGAAGAUCCCGAGGGAGCUGAAUGGCGAUGCUGAUGCGGCGGCGAAACAGGCAGCUCGCAACGGGGCGGCCAAGGUUGAGUUUGAAGAUAUCAUGUUGGGCUCUUCGCAAACCGCGACCGCCGAGACCGAACCAGGCUCUCGAAUCCUUGCGCUCUGCCUCGAGUAUGAGUCUCUCUUCGACGCUUGCUUUGGAAGCCUCGUUUCGCAUAUCACUUCCAAGGCUAAGAUGGAGCGGGCCACGACGCCAGAAGCCGCCCUCACCAUACUUGACCAGGAUUCGCCUCCGUCCGUUAUCCUUGUCGUGGAUGGAGGCCUCACACGCCAGAGGAAAGUCUGGGAGCGCGUCAUAGACCGUCUCCGUGAGGGGGCCACAGUGGUGCUAGCAGGCUGUUUCAGCAGCAUGGUGAACGAGGGCGAGUUCAAUCGCUUCUUUGCCAAACUGGGUCUUCCCUGGAAGAGAGGAUCCUAUCACCGGGCAACAGUCAGUUUGCACCGCGGUGCUGUCGGCGACCACCUGGCGAGCCGGCUCCCCGCCUCAUAUAGCCAGAAGGCGCUCUUUGUGCAGAACAUGGAGAGAUCAGCGGCCUGGUACACUGAAGAGGGAACAUUUGAUGAGGCUGCAGUGGUAAUUGCCCAAGUCGGGUCAGGCAAGCUUGGCUAUAUUGGAGAUGUGAAUGGGGAAGAGGACUCGGACAAGGUGGUUUUGGCCAUGUGUGGCCUUCUGGACUGA